AAGUAAUGUCUUACGGAUCGGCUGUUGCUUGUCUGAAUUCUUAUUCACAGGGAAAGUGUGAAAAUACCCAUGCAAAGUUAGCAAAUGAAUUACUCUGUGUAUUUGUACAAAUGUUUUAUGAUCGCUACAUAUUUCCGAUUGUAUUUUGUUGUUUGUCUCUCUUAGUUUUGCUGUGGUCAGUCACGAAAAAUGCCAUGUUAGAAGAAAUUAAUACACAUUUGUUUCAUUCUUAAAAUUCUGUUUAUACAGAAACGACGUUUAAUUAUUACUAUAUAAUGCAUUGUGGUGAACUUGACAAAGAUUUAGCUGUUCAAAAAUUUCAAGAAUAUUUGAAAAUAAAGUCAGUUCAUCCUGAUCCCGAUUAUGCUUCAGCUGUGACGUUCUUGGAAAGAUAUGCGAAGGAGUUGCAACUAGAUGUAAAGCGGAUUGAGGUCGGAGCUAAUCGCAGGGAAAUAAUCGUUAUGACGAUACCAGGAAAAGAUCCUAGUCUUCCUUCCAUUUUGCUAAAUUCUCAUACUGAUGUUGUACCGGUAUUUCUUGAACACUGGAAGUACGAUCCAUGGGCGGCAGUUAAAGAUGACAAAAGAGAUAUAUAUGGACGUGGCGCACAAGAUAUGAAAUGUGUCGGCAUACAACAUUUGGAGGCAAUCAGAGUGUUGAAGGUUAUUAGAAAGGAAUCUUUCCAAAGAACAAUACACAUUUCAUUUGUACCUGAUGAAGAAAUCAAUGGCGGCCAAUUGGGAAUGAAACUAUUUUUGGACACGGCAGAAUUCAAAGCUUUGAAUAUUGGUUUUGCCUUGGACGAAGGACUAGCGAACCCGGACAAUAAAUAUUCCGUCUUCUAUGGAGAAAGGAGUCCGUGGUGGGUGCGCGUCAAAUGUCACGGAAACCCUGGUCACGGAUCCAGAUUUAUUCCGAACACCGCCGCGGAAAAGUUACAUAAAGUCAUCAAUGCGUUUUUAUCCUUCAGAAGCUCGGAAGAAUCUCGUUUAAAUGGCGAUUCGUGCAUGUUUCUCGGGGAUGUGACUUCGGUAAAUCUCACUAUGCUAGAAGGUGGUGUACAACCAAACGUCGUACCUGAAGAAUUUAUAGCAACUUUCGAUAUUAGGAUUCCCCCUUCGGUUGACUUGAAUGCAUUUGAAGAUAAAAUUACGAGUUGGUGUAAAGAGGCUGGUGAUGACGUCACCUUCGAAUUUUUGAGUAAAAACAAGAACCAGAAAACUACCAGUACAAAAGAGGAUAACCCAUGGUGGACUGCGUUUGCCGGAGUACUACAACGUAGAGGUGUUGAAAUAGUAAAAGAAAUAUUUCCUGCAGCUACCGACGGUCGUUUUCUACGAGAAAUUGGCUACCCAGUGAUUGGUUUCAGUCCAAUGCGGAAUACUCCAAUAUUGCUACACGAUAACAACGAGUUUCUUAAUGAAGAAAUAUUCUUGGAGGGAAUUGAGGUGUACUGUGAAUUGUUGCCUGCUCUUGCUAAUUUGAAAAUGUAAAUUUGUUUUUAAUUUUCAGUUGUGUGACACAACGACAAAUCUGUCUUCAUAUCCUUAAUUGACAAUAAUUUAUGCAAAAUUAAAAUAUUCGAAUUAAAAUAUGUAUUUU